GGUUUCAAAACCUAGUUAAUAACCAUGCCGGAAUAUAAAUCAGAGUCUUCCUGUUCUUCCAUUGUAGAUGAGAAAGCAAAAAAAGAUAAUGCAGCAUCACAAGCAUUGGUCCCAUAUAAGGGCCCUCAGGAAGCUGUUGAGAUUAUUUAUGAAAAUAAAAUGACAAACACUGAAGUGGCAAAUAAAGACAUUUACUUUGGCUAUCCAUGUCGACGUCGCAGCUGUGCAUUAACAAUCACCCCAGCGCCAUGUGUCAACAAAAUUAUUUCACAUAUUGAUGGUCUGGAGUUUAAAAUACAGGAACAUCUGAAACGAUUUGAAACUGCUUUGGAAGAAUGGGUCAGAAUUUCUUCUACAAAAGCCUCAAAAGAGUGGAGUAUUGAUACACAAAUGGCAGAGGUUAAACCAGAAGAGAGGGACAAGUGUCCAGAAUUAAAGAAGGAAAUUGAAACAUUGCUAGCUGAGGCCAUCCAUCUCAUUAAAAGCCUAGAAACUGACCGGGCAGAAGCUGAAGAUGCUUUACUAAAGCAAAAAUUAAGAAGGGAAAAAUUGAGUGUGAAAAUAGAUUCUUGGUCAAUCUGGAGACUUCAGAAAAUCCCAUUAGCUGUGCAAAAAGAGCAUGAUGCCUUUUUAAAAGAUAUUGUAGAAUUGCAACGGGAUAUUGAAAAUAAAACUCAUAAACUUAAAUACCUUCAGGAACAAAAGGAAAACUUAGAGACAUACAAUGAAAAAAUUCAAGCAGACAUAGAGUACAUGAGAAGUCAAGUUCCUCUUUUGCUGAAAAAGCAGCGCCAUGAAUUUUGUAUUAUAGAGGAACAAUAUAGAAAAAAGUAUGAGGCAGUAGAACGCUAUGAACAAAUUAAUUAUGAGAUUCAAGAAGUUACAGAACACUAUGAAAAUGUCAAAUUGAAAGCUAAACAAGUAAAAGAAGAAUCAGAAACAGAUAUUGAAGAUGAUGAAUUAAGCCUAAUAGUCUAUGAAAAGGACAUACAGAGGCUUGACAAACUGAUUAAGUAUUACUCAGAGUCAGCAGGUACCCUCUCUGUUCGUAUUGAAAAAAAGGAGGAGAGACUGAGUGACACUGAGAGGGCAAACAAGACAAUAACACAGGAAAUACAUACUUUAGUAAAAGUGUUACAAGAGUUAAAAAAAGAGUAUGAACAACUAACACUGAGAAAAAAGGUCGCGGAUACUGAGUUCAUAGCAGCAUUUAAUGACUAUCAUGCUACAAAAAGAACUUGGGAUAUAGAAGUUUCUGAGGUUGAAAAGGAUUAUGAAGAUUUAGCCAAAGAAUAUAUUACAUUGAAAGAAGAAAUUAAGAAGCUUAUCAGAGAUAUUGAAGUCAUGGCACGUUAUGUCAAUGAUAGUAUAAGGACAAAGGCAGACAUUGAGUCUGAAAUCCAUGUUAUGUUAAAAAUGGUCAUAAAAAACGAUCAGCUACAUAAAUAUUUACACAGGAAGGCUUAUGAAAUCAGUGCUCUUUACCACAUAACUAGAUAUAAAUUAGAAGACUUAGAAGAGAAAAUAGUUGAAGUAAGAAGAAAAUUCAAGGGUAGAGAAGAAUUCUUGAAAAAACGAAUUCGAGCUAUAGUGGCCCACGGACUGAGGGAUCAGAAAAAACUUCUGAACAUUGGAGACUAUUUUGACACUGAGAAGCUACUCUUUCUGAAAAGAAAACGAAUCUAUUCCGAACUCCUGAAAACAAUAGAGGAGCCGAUGGAUAAAAUCAGAGAACAGGCUGCAAAAAUCAGAGAGACCCACCAAGAACAUUUUAUGAUAUUAAGCAAUUUACUCCAGAAGAGAGAUUCUGUUAAGAAAUCAGUGGAACUGAAACACAAAAAUUUGCAAGAAAUUGAGAAGAAAACCCGUGAUUCAAUAGCAGAAGAAGAAGAUAAACAGUCAGCCAUUUUAAAAGAAAUUCAGACUACUUUAAGCAAAAUAACUUUUUUUCAAACAAAAGUAAAUCAAUUAGAGACAGACUUAGAAGAAAUGGAAAGGGAAAAAGAAUGUUUUGCUUAUCUAAUUAGCAACUCAAGAGAAAAACUUGUAACUAAUAACUAUAAGAAGGAACAAACAGAACUUGUUUUCGGUCACCUCUUACAAGAGAAAAAAAUCUGUGAAAAGAGAAUAUCUGAGGAAGAACAGAAAUUUAAACAGCUCUUUUCUAUGAGGAACAAAACUCUGGCAAAUAUUAAAGAAAUUCAAAGUAAUUCCUUGAAUGAAAAUCUACGUUUAGCUCAAGAAUAUGUGAAAUUGCAGAAUACUUUCUUUACAGUAAAGAGUGGUUAUUUAAGCCAGCGUGACAGACAGUUUCCACUUGACAACGCAAUUGCAGAUAAAACACAGCUCUGUGAGCUGCAAAAAAGUAUACUCAAGGUGUGGCAGAAGCACUUCGAACUGGUCAUCCUCUACAGCCAGGUAAAACUGGCCCGGUUCCAGUCAUCCUCUCAGGAGAGUGUGGAGAAAAUACUUGCUGUGCAGAUUCUGGUCAUUGACAUCCUUGUUCUGAAGAAAAGUUUAAAGAUGUCUUUAGUCCACAGCUGGUUAAAAGACAAACGAACCUAA